UCCGGCUGAUAAGCACCUUCACCUACAGAGACUACAUCGACGAUGAACAGGUUUAUUAUUUUUUGGUGCUCUGGUUUCUGCUGCUCACAUACGUUAUGCCAAAAAUUUUACUCAACAUUCUGCUGAUAUUUGGAGCCGUAAAGAAAAAAGGAACGUCCAUUAGCAUAUAUCUCUGGUGCAACAUGGUCUACUUUGGCUUGGAAGCCUUGACGAUGAUUGCUGCCGCCAUUACGUAUUUCGUCACAGAUUACGUGAGUUGGGAGCCCCUUACAACAUUCCUCGUGUAUUAUAUAGUACAAAUAUACUUUUGGCUCUGUGUGAAUUCCUUCUACGCCGAACUAAAAUUGGAAAGUCAGUUUUCCCUAAGACAACAAAUGCGUGGAGCAACGUUAACAAACAUUAAUUUCUCAACGACAACAAGUGGCGCGAGUAGUAGUAGUAGUAGGAGUAAUAGACAACAAAGUUUUCCGCUCAGAUUGUUGCGAGCGAGCUGA